AUGAACUUCCUCGAGGGGCUAGAUUUGAACAACACAAUUCCCAAGCGAGAGUCGUUGCAGCACGGAGCCAAGUAUUACGGUCUACACAUGGUCCCGCAAGCUGUCAACAAGAGAAUUUACACCACAGUCCAAAAAUACCUCAACAAGCCUCUGAGAUACUCCAGUGGCCUCGAGGCCUGGGAAACAAACGUAUCGAUUUCAAGCGCACAAGCGCAUGGGUAUCUCGAGGAGUGGGCCGUCCUGACCGAACAGACCACCAGCGAGAUAUUCGAUUCAAUGAAUGAAUGCCUCUUCACGUGGAGCAAGCUCUGGCCAAAGUUGGCUGAAACUUUCAGAUGCCGUGGACCGGCGAAGACACCAGAGGUUCAGAAGGCGUGGGUGAAUAUUGCUGAGAAGCAUGGAUUGCCGGAGAAGAAGUUGCGGGAUAUUGACCGCGUCUUUGGUUUCGCCGACCUUCUCUUGGCGUUGACCACGUCCAAGGCCAAGAAAAUGGGGUAUUUCGGGUUUGUUGACAAAACCGAAUCAAUCUUGCGCAUUGUGGAGGAGUGUGUGGAACUAGGGAUGAUCCCACCUCUCUGA